AUGGACUCAGUUUCACUCCCCUUUAUCCGCCCCAAGCAUAUUCGUCCCUCCAGCGAGCAGCAAGCCGGCCCUGCGCUUCCCGCCAGACGGAAAACCAGUCUCGCCUGCAGCAACUGCCGCGCCAAGAGAUCCCGGUGCGACAACCGGAAACCCUUCUGCUCAGAAUGCGUCAAGGCCCGCCAGCGGUGCGUAUACGAGAACUCGGACAAGCGCAAGAAGGAGACCUGGAAAGCAGCCAUCAGCAACCUGGAGCAGAAGAACCGUCGCCUCGAGGCCAUUGUCAGGUCGCUACGGUGCAACUCGCUCGACAAGGCGGUUGAGACCCUUCGCCAGCUACGCGAGAACGGGCACGAGCUGGAUCAUGCCGCUACUCCGCGACCAAGCGUGGGUUCCGACACCGGCUCCAGCGACCAGAGCCCAACCCAGUCACCCAGCCCUCGUCCGAAAAGACCAGUUGCGCAUAUGCAGAGGUCGCGCAGUUCCAUCACGAUCGACCACGACCCCACUGUGUCUGUAGGGCCUUUUGGAUUGCCGCCUAGAGAGAUCACGCGCCGUGCUGUGUCUUCGUUCUUCUCAUGCGGUGGGACCCUGUUCUAUAUCAUGCCGCGAGAGGAUUGCGAGAGUAUGAUUGAGACAACUUACGACAGACCCGAAGAUGCAACGAGAAGCGUGGUCGGUCAAAUCUGCGCAGUUGCAGUCGUGGGGAGUCACUAUUGUACGGAUGAUAUCCCGGCCUCUGCCAAAGAGAAAUAUUUUGACCUCGCUUCCUCGCUGCUGCAUGAUGAUGUGGAGGAUGAUCUGAGCAUUAUGCGCGUGCAUGCUUGCCUCUCGAUAUACUUGAUCUUGCUCAAGAGCACAACGGCGCGAGCUAUAACGGCGUCUGGCCUGAAUAUCGCACGGUACAAAAUGCCGGUAUACACGCAAACCAGUAGUGCCGACUGGAGAGAACGGGCUAAAGUAACACGGACGCUCUCCUUUAUUGAGUGCUGGUUAUCCUCGACUCUUGGCUACAAGCUCGACUUGAGACAAGACGAGAUCAAAAUGGUUAACACUCUCGCCAUGUCCGAGUCGAUGGAGAACCCUACCAAUCAACUCUGUCCGAACCUGAUUCGGUGGCACGCGUUUAAAAUCGCAUACCUAUCAGCUCAGGUGUACGAUCUCGUUCAUUCCGCAGCUUCCGUGUCAAUAGACGAUCUCCAGCAGCUCUCUCUCGAUCUAGACACCUGGCUUUUGGAGCUUCCCAACUCCAUGCGCCUGGACUCGCUCAUUACUGCAGACGAUGCGGCUAGUGAAAACUUCGACGCCGCAAGCCGACCGAUCCUCUUCCUACAUAUGAUCCAUAUCACUUCACGAAUCAUGCUUUACGAGCGCGUGAUGCACUUCACAGUAAAGCAGUCCCUGAACCCCUCAGACGAGCUGGUCGUCCGGGAAGUGUUGCGCUUGCCGGCGGAUACCCACCAAACAUACCAGUCGUUUGCGCAGCACUUGGCUCGAUUAAUAAGACUUCUUUACGACAAAGACUGUGUCCUGGCGAGAUGCUGGCUUACUAUCAACGCCUGCUACCAUUCAAGCAUAGUCCUCCUACUGAAUGCCGCCAAGAAUCUGGCCCUCGUAGCCCAAGACGACGGAGCCGAAGACGAAGCUGGACGCAAGGAUCGACCGGACUUGGAAUCGGUAUUCGAUAACCUGGUGCAUGUCCGGUUCUGCCUCCAAGCACUGGGCGCCUGCGAAGACUGGGAUAUAGCCGCCAUGCGCCUCGUCGAUGUCGUUAAACCGUUGUAUGAACGUCUGCGACAGGCGGUUGAGAUGGAAAAGUCUCAGGAACCAGACCAGGCCGUUGAAGCCUCGAAGUCGCCGUAUUCAAUGCCAGAUCUGAAUAUGGGUACUGACAAUGGCCGGCAGGUGGAGAUUCCUGCGCGCCUGGCGCAUAUCAUGCAUCAGUCUGUCGCGGCCAUGAAGUUGCCGUACCAGGAGGUGUGGGUUUAG